GUCCCGUCCCUCUCAGAAGCUGCCGCCGCCGCCGUCUGGGGAUGCAGAGAGGAGGGGGCUGCUGCUGACGCUCUGCAACACACCUGUUGGGGUUGAUGUGAGUACAUUGCGCUUCUGAAACAUCUUCCAUCCAAGGAGGUUUACCAAUAUUAAUACAUUAAAUUGAUCAACAUCCCUGAGAGGCAGUAAAAGCAGUGAGCAUAAGAAACAGCUACAUUUUCUAGUGUAGUGAACUGUCACACACAACCAACCAUGCCUGCAGAAGGAAAAACUGACAUGGAGAGGAUUGGCCUCUUCAGUGAAAUGGAGUAUGUUACCAUUGGAGAUAAAUAUGCCUCACACUAUAUGCGCCCUUUCAAUGAAGCUGCAAGCAAGAACAAACAAAUGUUACCUGGGGGUACCAAAAUGCUGUCAGCUCUUCAGGCAGGUUACUUUGAGCCUCAGUUUGUGAGGGUUUUCGAAGGUGAAGCCUACUCAAACCCUGUGCAACUAAGGAGGCGAUAUAGAUUGGUAGAGUCAAAGAAAAAUGUGGGCAAAGCUUUCCUUCCGAGCAAUGGAGUCAAACUGCCAUGUGGAAUGGGUACUUAUUAUGGAACUAUAGGUGGCCCAUAUCCAUUCUUCAGUGCACAACUAAGAGGGAAAACAGCAUAUGCUCCUCCUGGAAAGAACCUUUACACAAGUCCUGGAAAGAAAGGAACUGGAUAUGGAUAUCCAAAUCUUACCAUAGGCAAACAGUAUCCACACUCAAGUGAUGUGUAUGAAAGCGGAAAAAUGAAUGCAAAGAAGGCGCAUGAAGACCAUCUGCGUUUGGUUAAAGGAGGGCCUUUCAAGUUAAAUCUCUAUCCUCGGGAGUAUUUUGACUUAAAUCCAUAUUAUGAUGAUAAACCUUUGCCACCAGCUAAGAAACCAACCCCAGAAAAGCCAGUUGCACACCCCUUUAAACCAAGUUCUCCUGCUAAAAAGUCAGGGGGCAUGAAAGCAGGAACAUUUGAUCCUUAUCCUUCCCAUUCUGCUGAGCCCUAUGUGGUUAAAUAUUCUAAGCUCAUCACAACUAAUAAAGAAGGACGGAUUUUUCAUCCUCCUCCUGGAUCAAAAAGCAGACCCUCUACAAGUAUAAUGGCUUUAAAUGUUGCAAGAUCACUAAAUGUAAUGAACUACAAGACUACACACUUGAUAUAUUAGCUUUGAACAGUGGGAUAAAGAUUACACUUCUUGGAUUUUGUAAACUGUAACAAUUCAAUGAUUAAAGGGCAUUUGAAAUAAAUAGAAGUUUUCUGGAAGAUAGAAUUCAGUCAAAUAAGGCAAACCCAGAUUUUAAUUGUAUCCUAGUUGAGACUGUAUUUUAUAAAUAUGUAAACAAAAUAAAUACAUACCUUAUGUACAAAUAUAUGUUUAAAGUGUGAAAUUAAACUAUAUUAAUACAAAUUUUAUAGUUUAUUCGUAUUGUUGGAGAGGUUUAUACAUCAAAUAUACAUACCAAAAAGUAUUUUAGAUUUUAAGUUUUUAUAUAAAUGUUAUGAUGGUGGCACCAAUAAGUAGCAAUUACCACUUCUGAGAUGAACAUCAAUAUUUAUUAAUCAGAGAUAAAAUAUUGCCUAAAGUAAAGGUAUGGUUUCCCUUUAGAAAGAAUAAAGAUUGAUGUUCAUCUUAACCAAGCCAAAAUGCAUUACUGUAUUUGGAUUGUCUUCUUCAAAAGAAUACGCCUUCUGUUAAGAUGGCCUUCUCAAAAUAGACACCAUCUCCCAUUGUUUACAAAAGGGACUGAAGCCGCAACCUGUCAUAGCAAACAUGGCCACCAUCUCCAUUCAUCUGCACUUCACAGUGCUUCUCUUUCUGCCUCUUGACAGCAUAAGGUGCUGUUAUCUUUCUUAAGGGCAGUUUGGCUUCACUUCCAUUAAGGGAAAAAAACUGAAAAAAAUCUGUUGUGUCUUAAAAAAUCAGUUUCUUAUAACCUAAGACCACACAAACUUUAACCCCUUCUUAACAUAAUUCACCUGGAAUUGGUAUAAGGUCCAAUGCAGUGUAGCCAGGUCAGUCCCAGACUAUGAGAGACAAAGCGGGUAAGGUAAUAUUUUUUAUUAGACCA